ACACUAUAUUUUAAAGAAGAACAUUAUAGUGGUCAAAUUCUGUCUCUGCUUCAGAAGUUACUCCAGUGAUGGUUUAUCUAACCAUCUGUACUGGAAUGAGCUUUGAUUUCAGGAGGAUGGUGAUCCCUCUGCCUUUUGUUUCUUCUUCUGAGGCUUCUUACAUAUAAAUAUAUAUAUAUAUCCUAAACUCUAUCCCUUCACAGGGUCUCAAGAGGUUGGAUAUUGAAAGAGAGGUGAGGAGUUCAUUGGAAAGCAGUAAAAGGUAUUUUCCCUACUUGUGGAAGUAUUGUAACAUAGCAUUCCUUUGUUGUUCUUCCAGAUUCCAUUAUUAAGAAUUCCACCAAAUUGAAAAGAUAUGAAUGAACAUCCUAAAAAAAGGAAAAGGAAGACUCUUCACCCUUCUCGUUAUUCAGAUUCUACUGGAAUAACCAAAAUUGCAGAUGGAUUCAAUGGAAUUUUCUCUGAUCAUUGUUACAGUGUCUGUUCUAUAAGACAGCCAGAUUUAAAAUAUUUUGAGAACAAAGAUGAAGAUUCUGAUCCAGAGACAUCAAAUGACUUGCCUCAGUUUACCGAAGGUAUUAAAGCAAGGAGCAGAAAUCCAACCCACCUGGUUCCCAGUCCUGUGCUCAGGAUCCUAGAUCAUGCUGCCUUUUCUGCAGAGAAAUCUGCUGAUAUUGAAAUCUGUGAGGAAUGUGACUCCCCGGAGUCGGUUCGCCAGCAGCCUCGUGAGGAGAGCCCCAUCGAGGUGCGCACCGCUGAAGAUGUGCCCAUCGCUGCUGAGGUGCACGCCGUCUCUGAGGAUUAUGACGUCGAGACUGAAAACCUGUCCUCUGAGAGCCUCCAGGACCAAGUUGAAGAGGAGCCCCCCGCUAAGCUGUGUAGAAUGCUGGACAAGAGCCAGGCUUUGAAUGUCACUGCUCAACAGAAGUGGCCCUUACUGAGAGCAAAUAGCAGCGGCCUCUACAAGUGUGAGCUGUGUGAGUUCAACAGUAAAUACUUCUCGGACUUAAAGCAGCACGUGGUCCUCAAGCACAAACGCGCCGACGCCGCCAACGUCUGCAGAGUCUGCAAAGAAUCCUUCUCGACCAACAUGCUCCUACUGGAGCACUCCAAACUGCACGAGGAGGACCCCUACCUGUGCAAAUACUGUGAUUACAGAACGGUGCUCUUGGAGAGCCUGAGCCAGCACAUUGCCGACGCCCAUUUCAGCGACCACCUGUACUGGUGCGAGCAGUGUGACCUGCAGUUCUCCUCCAGCAGCGAGCUCUAUCUGCACUUCCAGGAGCACAGCUGUGACGAGCAGUACCUGUGCCAGUUCUGCGAGCAUGAGACCAACGAUCCUGAGGACCUGCACAGCCACGUCGUCAAUGAGCACGCCUGCCGACUGAUGGAGCUGAGCGACAAGGAGAGCGGCGCCGGUGAGCACGGCCACUACAGCCUGCUUGGCAGGAUCACCUUUGACAAGUGCAAGAACUUCUUCGUCUGUCAGGUGUGUGGUUUUCGAAGUAGACUGCACACAAAUGUGAACAGGCAUGUGGCCAUCGAGCACACAAAAAUUUUCCCCCAUGUUUGUGAUGACUGUGGGAAGGGCUUCUCGAGCAUGUUAGAAUACUGUAAACAUUUAAAUUCACAUUUGUCUGAGGGGAUUUAUUUAUGCCAGUACUGUGAAUAUUCCACAGGACAGAUUGAAGAUCUUAAAACUCACUUAGAUUUCAGGCAUGCAGCUGACUUACCUCAUAAAUGUAAUGACUGCUUAAUGAGGUUUGGGAAUGAGAGGGAGCUUCUAAGUCACCUUACAAUUCACGAGACAGCUUGAUUGUUUUUACCUUAAUCUACAGAGUGUUGGUGUAAAAUAAUAAAUUCAUCUUUUAUUAGAGAUUAUAAAAUUGAUGGUUUUAAUAAUGAUACCGCUGAGGGUUAUAGCAGAUUUAUUUAUUUAUUUAUUUAUUUUGGUGGAGGGUUUUUUCUGGUUAGUGUGGAGAUUUUUCAGCACGAGGACAUCUUAAAUGUGCUGCUGUUGGUUUUGUCCUACUAAAUUUUGGGCAGCCUGCCAAUAGCCCGUGCUCUUAGCUAUCGAGGAGAGAAAGGCAGGAGCUUGGAGGCUUGGGGUGGGAAGAUAAAUAGACUAUUAUUAUCUUUUAGUAACUUUAACUGCCUCAGCCUUUUUGAAGAUACAAAAGUAAACAUAAUUCUUCACUUAUCCAGCAUUUCUAUUGGAAAAGUCAUCCAAGACACUUAUGUACAACAGGAAUAGGCAUGUUAGAGGCAGAGUGUAUGUGUGUGUGUGUAUGUAUGUGUAUGUACACAACUGUAUAUAUAAUUAAACUAUUUCUAAGAUGAGGACCCAGAUCUUCUACUUACUCUCCCUUCUAGUCUUCAUUCCCAAGGCAUUCGGAUAGCUCUCCAUCCCAAUCUACAAUUAUAGAAAUGCUCUUAGUUGUGGUGAUAAGAAAUUAUUCUCUUGGUAGUUAUUUUUAAAAAACAAAAAAUAUCCUUCUAUCCCAUUCCCCCUGGCUAAAUUAAUUUACUCCUCCAAUAAGAGGAGUGUAAGAUUAAGAUUUGUUUUUGUUUGGUUUGGUUUGGGUUUUUUGGUUGUUGGUUAGUUGUUUGUUAGUGUAGAAAACUCCACCAGUACAAAUUCACAACUUGUUUGUGACUCUUUAGGCAGUAGCAAGAGCUACACCAAAACCCUACGAUUGUGUAAGAGUAACAAUACCCGAUGAUGAAAUGAAGAAUGUUUCCUAAAAGAGAUUGCAAAGGUACUUAAUUGACGCUCUUAAGACUUUGAGUGAGCAAUGAUAAACCAAACAAAUGUACUAAAUAAUCUUCUGGUUCAACACUGUUGCCACUCACACAGUCCCUAAUUUUUCUACAUCACAGUUGGCUCUUGGUUUCACAAACCAACUCCAUUUCUUGUGUAUUUCUACCUGGGUAACAUGUUUUCUGGUGUCGCCAUGUAUGGUGCAUCUACUUGAAUCAUCUUCAGUUGCAAAAUCCAAGCAUCCCAGUGGCUUCUUAGAAUCAGGAACUUGGCAUUUCAGUAUUACAGUUAAAUCCCAAUUUUUGUAAAGAGAUUUACCCAAGUCACAGGGCAACUAAAUGUUAAAAUCUGACCCAGAUUUCUUGCUGUGCUUUCUCAUAUUCUUUGCCCCUUCCACCUAACUUUUCAUCACUUUUGGUACCCUGGCUUCAUCCAUGCCCAUGCUUGUCCAGACCAGUGAAAGGUUAUAGGGGACAGCACGUUAAAAAUGGUCACAUUAGUACUUUGUAUUUUUGUGUACUGCUUUUUGGUCACAAACUAUGAUUUUCUUGGUGAUCAGGUACACUGAAUAAAUGAGGUUUAAGUAGAAGAACCCAUUGGAAAAGGCUUAAAAAGUAUAAUUAUAUUACAGACUUUCUGAUGAGCCUAGAACUGAGAUCCUCACUGUCAGUGUCAGAAGGGGCACACUUGGCAUUGUCCUAAUUUUCAGUCGAACUGUCAAAUUUUAUUUGACAAUAAGCUGCGGACAUAGCCUAAGAUGUACCAGUUGCUUUCAGAUCCGUAGUUUUUACUUAGUGGAAUUAUUUGGAAAACCAUGCUUCUUUUAUUUUUCCUUUGAACACAGACCUAAUUUUUAAUGUGCUCACUUUCUCUUUGGCCACAUUUCUAUUCCAGGAGCAUGUGGUUGAUCAUGCUUUAUAGAAGUCAAUACAAAAGAAUUCUAACUGGAAUCUUGGCAGCAGAGGCGAGCAGUGUGAUGAUGUGCUUGCCUAAAGAGAUCUUGGCUUAGCAUAUUCUGUUUCUCUCUGUGUCUCUCCCUCCACAAUGAAAUAGUUUUUGUUUUUUAAAGAGACAUUAGUUUUUAAAUUACAAGGAACUUCUACACUUUGUGAGUUGAGGGAAAGCUCUUCUCACAAUUUUUAAGUUUGCCAUUUAAGUUGUUAGGUCUCAAUUUUGGCUACUGUUGAUGUCUGAUUCAUUAAAUCCUGGUGAGUUUCUUCCCAUGCUUCAAUAAUUUAGGUAGUAGAUUAUAGGUAUAUAAACAUACUUUUGUUUUUAAGCAUCAUACAAAAAUAUAGUAGGAAAAAACUACAAAACCUUACAUUCAUCAUAUCAGCAUUCUAUCAUCAAAUAAUAAAAUAUAAGGGACAUAAUCUGUCUGUUUUAAAAUAAUCUUUUUAUAAGAUUCUCUUUUGGUUACUGAAGAGUUUGAAAGGAAUGUUUCCCAUUUGAAGUUAAAAGCACUGAUGAUAUGUAAAUUAUGUAUAGCUUUUAUAAAAAAACAAUCAAAAUCAAAGAUCUUUAGAAAUCAAAAUGAGAUUCUAGACAAAGAUAAGGUUGAUCAUGUUCUUAUUUUUUUAUUUUUGCCAAGGUUAAAUGAUCUGAGAGUAUUUGCUGUGUCAUUGUUUACCUCUUAGUUAUACAUUCCCUCUCCCGUCAUUAAAUGUCCAUGUCCAACCCCCAAUAAUUGUCUGAAUUUUCGGAAAUGUAGAAAUGAAACUAGACUUAAAGGAUUUAAAUUUUCUCACCUUCAAUUCUUAAUUUCAGUUCCAGUGAAUGAGUCUUGAGAAUUUACAAGUGUGAAACUUUUGUAUUUUUAAAAUUCUGCCUCAUCUUACAUUUCAUGUAAAAUUUUUAUACUGCCAUAGUUUUCUCUUUGAACAACUCUUAACCCAAAAGUAAGAGAACUAGAGAAAGAGCAUCAUGGUAAUUAAAGAGGGGAAAUGGCAGCUUCAAAGCUUGUACAUUUUCUAUAUGUGUUGAAUGUAUUUAUUAAACAAGAAAUUUUUAUAUAAAUCCAUAUUUAAAGUAUUUAUGCUGUGAUAUUGUCUUGUUAAUAUAAAGUUACAAAAUGAACAUAUGCUCAUAAUACUUAAUGUUUUUUUAAAGUUGAUUUUAAUCUUUUAUUCGUUGAGUUUGAGGGUAUGAUUUUCUCUAUAUCAAAACCAUUGUGUAUUAAAGAGAAUUUUCUGAACAGUUGAAUUCUAAUGUGGAAGUACCAUGAACUAUUUUUGGUGGUGCAUCUUCCUAGAAGUAUUCUUACAAGUACUAUUCAUAUAAAACUACUGGAAGUUUGAGAAUGGAAACAACAAUACUUUUAUUUUUAUUUACGGUAUAAAAAUAGGAAUUAUAAAAAACAAAUAUGAAAAUGCUAGUUGUAGAUUUUACAUGGCAGCUUUAAUUGCUGAUUCGAAACUUUGCUAAUUUGUCUCUGCAUAUCAAGAUUGUAUAAUUUUCAAAAUGGCCUUGUCCCCAAAUAAAUCGGAGAACACAAAGCAAACAUGGGCAAUUAGGAAAAUAAAUCUUUUGAACUAUGAUUGUUAAGUAGGUGUAUCAUAAUAUGAUCAUUUCAUUUCUAUAAUUUGAAAAUUAAGCAUCGAUGAUUUCUAAAGGGAAUUUUCAAUAUAAUAAGCUGUUACAAAGUAAUUUAAAGAAGCAAAUAAUUUCAAAUAUGAUAUUAUGAAUAAGGUAGAGCAAUGAAUUUGGGGCCAAAGGACUUGAGAUCCUGGCUAUUAUUUGCUCCCAUGUGAUUAUAAGGGAGCCUCAGGUUUAAGAGAUUGGAUGAUCUGUAAGGCUCCUGCAGCUUUCCUCUUUCUAUGAUCUAAUAAUGUUUAUAAGACUUAAAAUUUCAGGAGAAACAAGACUAACCUCAUAUCAUGAGGAGGUGUAAUAUCAAGAUUUAUUGUCUAUUUGCAUGAGGGUCAUUCAGGAUCCAGACACUCCUAAUCUUUAUCACUAGCCAGUUGGCAUCAACCCGUCAAACAAUUUCUGUAAAAUAUUUGAUUCAUUUGUUCAUAUUAUUGGAUUUAGAAUGCUAAUGAGUAGAGUCGUUGGAAUUACUAACCAACCUUGACUUUGUGACUGGUCAUUUUAACCAUUGGCUUUACAAAGCCCUUCCUCUAGCAGUUGGCUCAGGCCUGCUUAGACUUCUUGUCUGGGACUCUUUCCAUCACUGCCCCAUGUCCUUUGUUCAAUUGUAUUUAGU